AUGGCAGAAUCACAGAAUGCUCGACAAGACGAAGACGGCCCUCCUUAUCCAACAUUCAAGGAGCGCAGAAUUGAAAACAACAAAGCACCGAUCUUCUCAGGAGCGUACGAACGUUUGAUAUGGCCAGUCCGAGGCGAGUUCCCAUCCGCCAUUUCGGUCAUGCCAGAGCCUCACCGGAACACUGGCACCCCGCAACCAUUGUUCAACUCAGAAACUGGAGAGUGGCAUGAGAUUGCCUCGCAAUCAAUCACAAAUACCAAAGUCUCACACCUCGAAGCAUCUCUUGCAAAUCUGGACUCUUGGGACCGUAAUUGGGAGCGGGUCCAUAUGGAACAUGCUGACCCAGCGUACGACGAGUGCGAGUUUGUCACCUAUGGCGAUCUCGACAACGACGUGCGCCCUUUCGCGGAAGAACCGAUGCGAGAGGACGGGACGUGGAGUUGGGACGAGUCCUCGGACACAGAGAUUCUUGUUCACUGCUGCGGUGAAGACCGCCCACUGGGUAANAAAGGCCUUACACUCGAAGUGCACCCUUCGCCUGGCAACGAUUUCGUUACGGUCAAGGACUACGUUNNAGCGGUAAGUGCUCGCAUCAAUGUAGUUAUGAACGAAUUCGAUCUAACCCUGCGAUGGAAUAUAGCGGUACACCCCUGGCUUAUGAGCAUGCAGGAUGAUAUCCUCGCAGCAAUGCGGACAGCAGAGCCUGGAUACCCGGCUUCCACCGAGUGGAGGCUGAGCAAUGCUUACUAUGAUGGCCCGAGGCAUCAAAUCAUCCUUCCCGAACUUUGGGAAUCGAUGAACCGGCCGAACCAGAAUACAUGGUGA